AUGGAGCUUUGUGAGGAUGACCCGCCAGAGAUCACACACGCCACAUUCAAAGCCUUGGCCUACAAGAAGGGAACCACAUUAAACUGUGAAUGCAAAGGAGGUUACCGCAGAAUAAAAAGUGGGUCACCCUACAUACGCUGUGCAGGAAACUCCAGCCACUCUUUCUGGGACAGCAAGUGCCAGUGCAUGAGCUCUGCCCCUCGGCACAGAGCAAAAGGAGUCACACCCCAGCCUGGAGAGCAGAAAUCGAGCACGGUCUCGGGAAUGCCACGCCCCUCGCAGCCUGUGGACCAAGCCAGCCUUCCAGGUCACUGCAGGGAGCCUCCGCACUGGGAGCACGAAGCUGCAAAGAGGAUCUAUCAUUUCGUGGUGGGACAGACGGUUCACUACCAGUGCAUCCAGGGGUACAGGGCCCUGCAGAGAGGUCCUGCCCAGAGUGUCUGUGAGGUGGCCUGUGGGAAGACCAGAUGGACCCGGCCCCGGCUCACAUGCGUGGAUGAAAUGGAGCCCAGCCCGUUUCCAGGUGAAGAGGCAUUUCAGGCAAGCCCCGAAGACCUUCCUGAGAUGGAGACUUCCUGCUCCCUCACGACAACAGAUUAUCAGGACUAUGCAGAAGCAGCCACAACCACAGAGACAGUCCCAUUUACCACAGAGACAUUCCCAUUUACCACGGAGUACCAGGUGGCAGUGGCCGGCUGCGUCUUCCUUCUGUUCACCAUCUUCUUACUGAGUGGGUUCACCUGGCAGCAGAGAUGGAAGAAGAGUAGAAGAACAAUCUAG